AUGCAGAUACUCUCUCUUAAUUUCUUAUUAUAUACCAUAACUGGUUUGUGGCGACCAAUUGAAUGGUCUUCGAAAUGCUUUAAGUCGCUAUAUAGUGUGUACACUUUCCUCACGAUGUAUCUAUUCACGUAUUUCUUACUGACUCACUUGAUGUAUAUCAUCUUUGUUGUUGAUAACGUAGAAGACUUGGCUUCGUGUUGUUCUAUUUUCUUAGGAACAAUUACCCUAUUUUGCAAAGCGACUAUUGUUAUAAUCCGUCGCGAUAAAAUUAUCAAUUUGAUAGAGAUAUUGCAAGAAGAACCUUGCAAAGCUUGUAACGAGGAGGAGAUUAAUAUUCAAAUGAAAUUCGACCGUUUAAUCAGAUUAUAUUCCAUGCCUUAUAUAAUCUUAUAUAUAAUCUCGGCGAUAUGCACUGUAAUUGGAGGAAUACUGUAUAUGUUAGACGGUCAAAUACCCUACGGGUUCGUGUGGGUACCUUGGGAAUGCACUUCGUUUCUUUUAUUCUGUCUUACAUCUCUUCAAGAGAUGGUAGCUGUAUUUAUUGGCAUUAUUGUAAACGCCGCGACAGAAACUACGGUUUUAGGAUUUUGUUUGCAAAUAUGUGCAAGAUUUGAAAUUCUAAAUUAUCGCCUUCAGAGUAUGAUAAAAGAUGAGAAGGAGACCAUGCGGAAAAGUUUAUUGAACAAUACAAGCAGAUUAUCAAAACACGUUUCUUUUCAUCUCUGUAUAAUCAGACUUGCUGAAAUGAUCAACGAUGUGUUUAGUCAAGUGAUCUUCAUUCAAUUUUUUAUCAGUAUUUUGGUACUAUGUUCAUCUAUAUAUUAUCUGUCUUCUCAUAUAACAGUUACAGACGUAUUUAACUUCACAAUUUAUAUAUUUUGCUUGUUUAUGCAAAUUUUUGUUUAUUGCUGGGCUGGCAAUGAAGUUACGCUUAAGGUAGUUGUAAGCGUUGCAUUAGGCGAAGAAAUAUAUCAUAUGGAUUGGAUAUUAAUGACAAAAAGCGAACAACAGGAUCUACUGAUGAUUAUGAAACGCAGCACAAAACCUAUCAAAUUCUCUAGUAGUUUCUUAGUAACAUUGUCUCUGGAAUCUUAUAGCAAUCUUCUGAAAACGUCAUUCUCUGCAUUUAAUCUUUUGCAACAAUUGUAA